AAUAAAUCAUUAAAUAAACAGGAAUUUCGGUCCCUUCCUCAUACCGGCCCGCUAGUAGGAAGUGUUUUCGCAGUGCUGUUGUUUGUGUCCUCAGCGGGCCGUGCUGCGGGCUCCACUCUAACUGUGUGCGUUUUCUCCAGAUUCCGACACAGCACCUUCCCUCUCUCGGAGGAGCAGAAAGGCGCAGCACGGCGCGGGCAAGAAUCCCCCCUUCCCAGCGGGUUUCCUCGGCAGCUCGGAGUGUGAUUAGCAAGCCAAGGCUGUUGGAUGUAUUUAAACACCCUGCCUCUCAUUGAUUAAGAAAUGAAUGGCAGAAAUCACUCGGAGGAGGUGAAGAAAUAGUCCGCGGCCGUGGGCUGCCGGCGCGGCCACGCCCGGCGCGGCCCGGGAAGGGCACGGGCAGGGAGCGGGCAGGGAGCGGGCAGGGUGGGCUCGGAAGGGGCAUCGGGCAUCGGGCGGUGCGGGGCGGGCGGUGCGGGGCGGGCGGCCCCAGAGCGGUCCGGGUGCGCCGCGCGGUGCGGUGCUGUUGUUGAUGAUGAUUUUUUUUUGUUUUUUUUAAUCACAGCAGCCCCAGUUUAGCGGAUUGAUUUACUCGCAGUAUUGGUAAAUAUGAUCACGUGGGCUCCGCAACCAAUGGUUGAGGGUUGCAGUCUGCAAAAUACUACGAUUGUUCUCAGGGAGGGUAUCAUAUACAGUUAACAGUGUAACCUUUUAUAUGAGUAAGAGGGGAGCCUAAAAUGUCGUCUAGUGGCACCAUAAGUAACUAUUAUGUCGAUUCUCUCAUAGGCCAUGAAAGCGAAGAAGUUUACGGGAGUAGAUUCGUCCAGGGGGGUCACAGUGCGACCUCCAGGCCAUCAGGUGUGGCAGAGAGUUCCGAUUUUUCCUCCUGUAGCUUUGCACCAAAAUCCACCGUGUUCUCCACCUCUUGGUCCACGGUUCACCCGCAGCCGCCCGCGGCCAUGACCGGGAUCUACCACCCCUACAUGCACCAGCCCCACUUAGGGGCAGCCGACGCCGGCCGCUACGUGCGCUCCUGGAUCGAGCCCUUCCCGGGCUUCCCGGGCGGCGGCGGCGGCGGCGGCGGCGGCGGCGGCGGCUCCGCGUCCGGCUCGGGCUCGGGCUCCUCCGCCGGGCGCCACUACGGGAUAAAGCCGGAGACGGGAGCAGCCGCCUCCUCUUCUUCCUCCUCCUCCUCCUCCUCCUCCAAAAGGACUGAGUGCUCCUCGUCCCGAGAGUCCCAGGGGAUCGCCGUGCCCGAAUACACGUGCGGCGCUUUCCUGCCGGAGCCCCGAGAGAAGGCGGCCGCCGGCAGCGCCAAGGAGCCCGCCGCCUGCAGCCACAGCCCCGGCCCCGGCGGAGAGCCGAAGGAGGAGAAGCAGCAGCAACUUGACCCAAAUAACCCCGCGGCAAACUGGAUCCACGCUCGUUCGACGAGGAAAAAGCGUUGUCCCUACACUAAGUAUCAAACUCUGGAACUGGAGAAGGAGUUUCUCUUUAACAUGUACCUCACCCGCGACCGCCGCUACGAAGUAGCUAGGAUUCUAAAUCUCACCGAGAGACAGGUCAAAAUCUGGUUUCAGAACAGACGGAUGAAAAUGAAAAAGAUGAACAAGGAGAAAGGCAAUAAAGGAGACUAACGCCGGGGUGGGAAUGCGGCCGGGGAACGCUGCUCUGGGGCUGAGGUUGGGGCUGUAUUUUUUUAUUUGUAUUUUUAUUUUCGGUUCGGUCGGGUUUUAUGCUUCCCCUGCCCCCUCGGCCCCGCGUGCUUCUCUCCUCCCCCCCACCCCCCCCGCGCCCCCGCCCCAGGAUCGUUAAAUCAAUCGGGUCUUUUUUAGGUAGAAGUGAAACGUGGUCUGUGUCAGGUAUUUGGGGAAAUGUUGUCUUGCUCGCCGACGUGUUUGCAGAGUCGCUUGCCCCCCUCCUCCCCCCAGGCCGUUCGGUCGGUGGUGUUAUGAGUGCACGUUAGCUUCGGGGACUUUAGCUGAUGUUAAGUGUUCGACAUGUCUCUUACAAGUGAUGUAGUUAGGUAGUUCCUUUGCCAAAAUAAAGGUAAGGAAAGUAAUUAGAAUAACGAUAACAAAAUAUAUAUUAAAUCACAGUGGCUUCAAUCGACGGCAGCGCUGCGUCGUCCGCGAUUCACUGAGAGGAAAUCUCGCCCCAACCUCUGCUUUCUAGGUCUAAAUUUUUGCAAUAGAUGCCACCGCGAGGCCACGGGAUGCCCCCCCACGCCGCCCCCUUAGUGCACCGUUAGGAGGUCGUCUCCGACUCGAAGCCAUUUGCAAUAGGCCUCACGUUUCCCGAGCCCCGGGCCGGUGAAUGCUGUGCGCACCCCACGUCUCUAACUGCCGACCUGCUGUAUCUGUGUCCGUUCUAACACAAUAAAGGCUGUCGUGACCGAUCGAGAGCGGAACUGUGUGCGUCCCCGCGCCGCGCUCAGACCCCACGCUUGGGCUGCGGCCGCUCGGGGGGCAUCGGAUGGGGGGGCAGGGGGGUGGCCCUCCGCCUCGCCGCUGUGUGAGCGGGCGGACCGCGGCUUCCACGGGCAUCUCUUGGGAUCGUUUACGGAAUAUUCCCGCAUCGCUCCUGCGGAGCCAACGAACCAAACGGUGUUAUUCUCUCUUUCUCUCUCUU